AUGGUUUCAGAUCGGUGGAUUUCAUGGAAUAGCAGAAAUUUCAACUGCCACAUUCUCAAUGUCGACAGAAGCUGUCUUGGCACACCAACUCGUGUUGGUUAUGGAGGCUUAAUACGUAACAGCGCGGGGCUAUUUCUGAAGGGGUUCUCAGGCCUCAUUCACGGCUCAACUUGUAUUCUGCAAGCGGAGCUCACAGCCAUCCUUGAAGGUUACCGAAUGGCAGUGAACAUGGGCAUUGAGGAAUUAGUGUGCUUCUCAGACUCUCAGAUUUCAGUCAAUCUUGUCUCAGGCGAGGUAUCUAAAUUCCAUGCCUAUGCAGUGAUAAUUCAAGAUAUCAAGGAUAUUUUAGCCUCCCACAACUUCAGAAUCUUUCACACUCUUAGAGAAGGAAACCACUGCGCAGACUUCUCAGCCAAACUCGGAGCCACUUCAACUGCACCCUUCUUGGAACACCAGUACCCUCCUCUUGAUCUCAUCAGCAUGCUAAAAAUUGAUGCUUCAGGAACCUGUUUCCUGAGAACUUAA